CCGGACCAAGGCGUCCAGUGUGAAGUUGCUUAGCAACCACUAUAAAAAAAACAACGGGCGUCACGUUUUGGUAGCCCCACAAAUUAAUUAGUUAUCAACAUUGCUCUUCAUUUCCGCUUUAGAUUCGUCUUUACACGGCAACACCUGUGUUUUUUGAUGAACAAGAUGGAGCUAAAAACACAAGGCUUUACCGUGAAGGCCACUAUGAAGAACUCCGUGGUGGAGAUUGAGAAGCUGGACUACCACCACUAUCUGCCUCUGUUCUUUGAUGGCUUAUGCGAGACUGUUCAUCCGUAUGAGUUCUUCGCCCGCCAGGGAGUCCAUGACAUGCUGGAGCACGGAGGCCCCAAGAUCCAGCCAGUCAUUCCCCAGCUCAUCAUCCCCAUCAAGAAUGCUCUGAAUACGAGGAACCGUCAGGUGAUCUGCACCACCCUGAAAGUCCUGCAGCAUCUGGUGAUGUCUGGAGACAUGGUGGGAGAGGCUCUGGUGCCCUACUACAGACAGAUCCUCCCCAUUCUCAACAUCUUCAAGAACAUGAACGUCAACUCUGGUGAUGGCAUCGACUACAGCCAGCAGAAGAGGGAAAAUAUCGGGGACCUGAUCCAGGAGACUCUGGAGGUCUUUGAGCGCUACGGAGGAGAAGAUGCCUUCAUAAACAUCAAAUACAUGGUGCCCACCUACGAGUCCUGCAUGAUCAACUGAGGAGGGGGGGGGUGGUGUCCCUCUGACAUUGCACAGACUAUUGACUUUAUCUGUUUGUCAGUCCUUUAUCUGCCCCCCAACUUUAAAUAGAUCUCUUAUUUUAUCCCUUUCUUCUUCACUCCAAUCAUUCUCUUUUUGUGUCAGAACAGUAUCAUAUUAUUUUAUUGUUCUAUUAAAUGUAUUACUAGCCAUACUUUCUGUAUCUGUGUAUUUAACACUAUCACUCGUUAAUAUCAAUACAAGCUUGACAGCUUUACACCAAUAUGCCUAAUAUUUUAUCCAUGUAUUGUUCAUUUUUUCAUUGCUUUAGUGAUUUAUUUAGCUAUCUGAUGAGGAAUCCUUGAUGCACAGUGACUUUUAUUUCAAACAGCGAUAUGCAUCAGAUGAAAAAUGUAUGAAAACAUAGAAUUGAAAAUUCCAUUGGUUUAAAAGGGAAACUUUUCUCUUUUGACUAUCAAACGCUCACCCCGGCUUGAUGCUUGACUGUUGAUUGUAAAAAGUGGGUUAGUUGCUCCUUUAACAGGGAACAGCAGCUGUUGCCUGCUUACAUAUAUGUCAGCAACAUUUUUUAUGCUUCUUACAGCUACCUUUCGAGCCUGCAGGGUGUGAACGCAACUCAAAAGACACACUGUCAUUUAGAUACUACAUGAUAUUUUAUGAUAUAAAUAUUAAGUAGUUAA